AUGGUGAUAUUAGCAUUUGAGUUACUUUACAUCAUGAGAGAAAAUUUUUUUAGACGGUUUAAGAGAUACUGGAGUGCCAUCUAUGCAUUUCUCUUUGUCGCUAAUGUGAUAGCAGUGGGAUUUGUUUACGCAUCUGAAACAGUGAAUAAUCUUCGUACUAUAAAUCCUUAUUUUGUGGCUCCUAUUUGUGAGGGACCUUUCAAAUCUUUCAGGUGUGGACUUUCUAGUGUAUUGCUCACAACAGCCAUGGCGUUUGCGUUUUUGCUUUUGUUUCUACCAUUAUGCGGCUGUUGCGUUUCCCCAUUCUAUAUAAGAUUUCUCUCAACCUCAUGCCAUGCAAUAGUCAUAAGUAUGUUAACGCUUGUAGUGGGGUGGCCGUUGAGCAAUAAUGUGUAUGUGACAAAGAUUGUAUUAGCUAUUGGUGCUUUGUCUAUCACACGAAUCAUUAAUCGUUUCAAGGAUUUUGAAGGCGAGACUAUAAACGACCAAGGACAAACCGAGAAAUCUAAAAGAGUUCUGUUGUCACACUUUUUAUUUGAUUUUGAGAAGUAUAGCGAUUAUGAAUAUGAGCAAACUAGAUAUGUUGUAUAA